CGUCUUGUCACAUGAUUGCACGGAAGUACCUUUUUAUUACAGUCGAUGGUAGGAACUGGCGUUCUAAACAGACAACAAGAUGGCAUCACACCCGGGAGGAGGCGACCAAGGAAAUGCUAAAGAUCAGAUACUGGAAGUAGGAGCUGUUUUGCUAAAGGAUUUUAUCUAUGAGCGGGUUCGGCGGCAUGGAGACAGCAAUACCGCAGUGACCAGGGCACAGCUGGGUGGAGGAGAGCUGUGUGAUCCAAACCACAAGAAGCUUGCCAAGUGCCUGCAGCAGAUUGGAGAUGAGCUGGAUGGCAAUGUAGAGCUCCAAAGGAUGAUAAACAACUCUGCCCUCAGUCCCACAAAAGACAUGUUUAUGAAAGUUGCCCUUGAGAUCUUUUCAGAUGGAAAGUUCAACUGGGGCAGGGUGGUUGCACUGUUCUACUUUGCCUGUCGACUUGUCAUCAAAGCUGUUGUGACCCAAGUUCCUGAUAUCAUCAGAACAAUAAUCAGCUGGACCAUGGACUACCUCCAGGAACAUGUGAUCAACUGGAUCAGGGAGCAAGGUGGCUGGGAGGGUAUUCGUUCCCACUUUGGCACACCCACAUGGCAGACAGUGGGUGUUUUCUUGGCUGGUGUUCUCACCACUGUUCUUGUCAUUCGCAAGAUGUGAGGGCUUUGUGAAGAGCAGACACAUUACAAGAUGGGAGGAACUUCGACUGAGGGAAAUGUGGAAUGGAACAGGAACAGGAAAGAACAACUGAAAAAGCAGAAAGUUAUGGCAGAGUGAACAAGUUGAAUCGCUUGUACUUGGACACAAAGAGCCACUCUUCCUUUCUGCCUCCCUUUCAUUUUUAUGGAUUGGGAGUUGGAGUGGUCACGCUUACAUACCCAUGAUCCCUAUGCCACUGAGGAAGUGAGCUGUGCAUGUUUACAUGCACAAAUUGGGGGUGGGGGGUAAAGAGUUUGUCAGACUUGAACAAGGAAUGGAUUUUAAGUAAUUUAUUUUUUACUUGGUACAUAUAAAAAGAGUCACUGCAUUCUGUUUUCUGUCCUAAAAGAUAAAUUGACUGAACAUUUUUUGAUGAAAUUCAGAGUUUCCUUUCUGCAUUAUUUUCAUUGUAGUUUUAUUUUUGUUCCAGUCAGAUUUUCUGAUCUUCCCACUCUCUCCAUCUAUCUAUAACAGUGUCUGUAUGCUAGAGAGUCAUCUUCAUAUGUAUUUGUGAGCGUUAACUAGUGUAAAUCUGUACUGAUCUUCUGGCAUUGAUCGCGUUGGAGGGUAGUCACGUCCCAUCAAGUUGAAAAGAGAUAUUUUUGCCAACAGUUAUUAGAUAUACCAAGAAGAUGAAACAGAUGAAGAGAAAUUACACCUCUGAUAAUAUUCGGGCAGAGCUCAACCUGGUUUCAGUGGAUAAUUAAAGUGCCACAGCAGGGACUUGUGUAUAAAGUUCUGUUUACAUUCAACAUGAAUCAUUACAUGAUCUCUGAGACUGAAACUAAAUUCCUAUCUUGUGUAACAUUUAAUCAUAUGCUGCCUUUGGGCAUUGACUGGCAUUGUGACCAUAAUCUGGCGCCCAUCUAAAAAAAAAAAAGGCCAUUAUUUUUGUCAAUGUUGUGAAUGGAGCCACUUGUCAUGGACAUUUCCUGUGGUCUAUGGAAGAUGUUGCACUGCAGACACAGAAAGCACUGGACUGCUUACAGAUGCUUUACCUCACUUCACACAUAUUUAAAGUACUGUAUUUUUCCGUGAGUAAUUGAAACUGCAAUCUUAUCUACACAGCAAAUGGCUUUUUAUACAUUUUCCUUGUUUGUCAGUGCCUUGGUGUUUUUUUUACUAUGAAAUCACUUUGAUAUUUUCAAAUUUUCACCUUUUUCUAUCACAUUUGUAAAGCUGAAAUUAGUUUCCAGUCUCCCUGAAAAUCUUUUUGCAGUGACCUUGUAUGUUGUAAUAUGGAAAAUAAAUCCUUUAACUCUUA